UUUCCACACCUCCUACCUCCUCCUUAAGUGACUCAGCCUCUGAAGGAGAAACCUCUUGACUUUUCAGACAGCUGGAUGGGGAAGGACAAUUCAGCUCUCUGUCUGCCCUGACUGUACCUCAUUUUCAGGUAUCUACAGGUUGACUUACCAUACUGAGCCACUCUAGGACACUAACUUCUGGAUUUCCACAGAAGGACACCCCGCUGAAAAAAAUGUCAGCUUUCAGCAUACGAAAACAGGCUCCUCACAAAAGCGAUAAUAAGAGCCCCUCUGUUGCAAUUAAAAGCAGACAACAGGCUACUCAUGAUAGUAACAAACGACGGACCCUUUUGCAAGAUAGCAGCUGGAUAAAGAAGAGACCUGAAGAGGAAAAUGCUGAUGAAAACUAUGGAAGGGCUGUGCUUAACCAGUACAAAUCUCAAGAUAGCCUACACAGUGCCACAAAUGAAAAGGAAGAUCAGAAAGCUGUACUUGGACGUUACAGGUCUGAUACUACCCUGGACAGAAUUCCAGACAAAAGUGACACUGAUAAAAUAAAUAAGUCCCCAACUCUGAAUAAUAAGGAAAGCAACAGACAAUCUUGGACUUCUAAUGCAGCACCCACAAACACUGCUGUGACUUCUCCAAUCAAGAAAAAAAGGCAAUCUUGGAUGCCUCCUCCAGUUUCAAGUAGUAAAACCACAACAGAAACAUUGGAAACCAAAAGGACCACUUCAGAAAAUUCAGAGGCUCCAACAACGUAUGCCUUUUCAUCAGAACAGGUGACCCCUCAGAAAUCCAAGACUGAGGUGAAUGAUCAAGCUACAGCAAGGAACCAAAAUCUUGAUAACCAACUCAAAGUGAAACCAAGUUCUUUCACAAGUGACAAGGAAGGAAAAGACCUUAAGGAUUUUACUGAAAUAUAUACUGCUGGUCAGAAAAAUAAGAGGAUAACUGAGCAAGCAUAUGAAAAUCCUCCAAGGGCUCUAAAUAAUCUCCCAGAAACAAACUACUACAGUGACAGCGAAAGAAAGACCAGCAAAUCAUCAUAUGGUACCUAUGACAAAAAUAUAACUGGAAAUACUAUCAAAACUGUUUACUCUACUUCUGAUCGGAGUAUAAUUGGAAAAGAUAUAUGUACAUACUGCAGGAAGCCCUUGGGCAUAGAUGCCAAAAUGAUCUUAGAUGCCUUGCAAAUUUGCUGUCAUUCAACUUGCUUCAAGUGUGAAGUAUGUAAAAGACCACUGGAAGAUCUGAGAGCAGGAGACAGCAUUUGGAUUUACAGACAAACUGUGCAUUGUGAGCCUUGCUAUUCCAAAGUUAAAGAAAAGUGGAUUUACUAAUUUGACAUACAGCGUGAUAAAGAAGUUCCACUAGUGUUUAGUUAAGUGUAUUGCCCUGUUAAUUCAAACCACUAUGGAAAAUGAUUAUUUUUACUGCUAGGAACAAAUACUUUAAAUGCAGUCCCACUGCACGGUUUCCAAAGGAAUCAAGUGCUUGAGAAUUUAGGUGUUUUUUUAACACAUACAUUCCAGGAAGCAAAAGAAGAUACUGUUCAAUAUAUUUAUCAGAUUUGUGAAACUACAUGGAAAACUAAUAAUAAUUUAUUAAAAUUUUCUGAAUGGCAGGAUAUACCUACACAUACAUUUUGAAGGGGCUGUAUUCUUUUUACUGAAAACACAUCUCCUCAAAGACCUGCUACCUUUAUAUAGCAUGUAUAGGAUUAAUCCCAUCAAAGAUUAAUCAUUUAGAAGUCAGCUAUUCAGUUUAAACUACUGUUUUAACACAGAGUGAGGUGGGUUCACUCUGUGCCUUUCAGGAGAGACAUCAGUCUGCAGAGGAAGAUUAUUCCCAACUAACUUAAAUGAUAACUUUACAAUGGAACGAAUCAUCUUUGGAAAAUGCAUCUCUGUUACUGGAGAGGAAUUCCAGACAAAAAAUGCUAGAGGGUUUCAAUUAGAAGUAUCCCCCCCCCCCCCCCGUGUGUAAUUCUGGUAACUAUUGUAUACCCUUUUUUUUUUUUUUAAGAAGUGCACACUCAGUAGCUGCCAUGAAAUUAUGAAAUACAUACUUUGCAUGCCACUAUGUUGUAUUUAUCUUGCCUACCUUAUUAAGCGGAAUAUCGAAACACCUUGGAUGGAUUCAUCUCACUUAAAUUUAAACAUCUAUACUGCAGACAUUGAAGUUACUUGUUCUAUUCUGUCUUUAUACUCAUAUAGAGAAGUAGACAUUUUUAGGAAGUGAUUCAAUUGGUCAGAUUGCAAACAUCUAGUAUACCAUGAUGUUAACCAUGCUCUGAAUGUAUGUUUUACUUUCCAUGGUUUGCAACGGAACCUGGAGUGAAUAGCUCAAAUUUCUAGACAUUUACAUUAGGCCAGAUAAACUCCUUCCUUUGAGACUACAGUGAAAGCACUGGGUUUUUUCCUUUUGAAGAGAAUAUGUUCAUUAAGGUAUAGAAACUAGAAGAAGAGCUCAUCCUUUGUUACAAUGUUUCCGCAACGCUCAAUAAUUACCUGCCUAUUUGUUUAAAAUAAUAAAUAAUUCAGUCAUUUGCUAGACAAACAAAGGUGUCAACUACUAGUCUCUGCCAUGAGAUGUUCCAGAUCAUGGUUAUUCAGAACUGACUUUCACCACCUACAUCUCAACUUAAAAGGACUUACUGGAUAUGACCAUGACAGACCUAGAGCGCUCGGAGGCUGCUGGACCUUAGCAAAAGCUUAGAAGGGCAAAAAGUGCCAAAGCCAUAGAUUAAUAUUAGACUGCUGAAUGGCUGCCCCAGACAAAAUUUCUCUCCUCAUCUGCACAUUCAGUAGAGGAGACAGGAGGUAUGGAUGUCUGUGUAAUUUAUACAAUUGGGUCUGCAGCUGAAUAAUGAUGUAAUCUGUCUUGCCUGGCUUGAAGGAUGUUCAGACUGAUACGUAAAGGACCCAUGAAACAGUAAUUUGUUUUGUUAAUUUUAUUAAAAUUUCUUAUUAAUUAACGGCAGUAGCUUUAAUAAACCUGUUAUAGAUUUUUUUUUUUUCUGGUGUGUCUCUUGCUGAUGGCAUAUUCUAAUUAAACUAUACUUGUUAUUACCCUGUGCUUCACCAGGAAACAAUGAGACUUGCAAAACAGGUGGAGAAAAGUAGUGGUGAAAUUUUAAUGUUGGGGUCAGAGAUUUGGCCCUGUUCAGAGGCCAAUAUUUAUUGCUAAGGCUGUUACAGUGAAAGAUGUUAGAUGUUCAUUUGAACCAGAUCAUUAGAAUCCAGGACUUCCUAGCAUUUGAGAGGAUUAGAGAUUUCAGUUCAUUCCAUUAGAGACCAGGAGCAAAGUCUGUAUCCAAAAAUCUGCUACUUAAAUGCUUACAGAGAGAGAAGCUGCAAUAAGAAACAAUAAAUAAUAAUUCCAUGCUUGUUAAUUCAUACUUGCUGAACAACCCUGGUAAUUUUGCCAUGUGUUUUUUUGUUAUUUUUUAUUAUAUGUUGUAAGUUUGCUGAAAAGAAACACCGGGUUUGUGAUGCUUCAUAUUUACCAUAUAAAAGCCAGCAUGGCAGUAGUCAUUAAAAAAAAUCAUAUUAACAUCUCAAUACCAAUGUAUCAAAACUGAAUUUUUUUUUUCCUUUUUGCAUAUCAUUAGCAUGUGGUGUUUUAUUUCUCUUUGACUAGUGCUUCCAUGAAACAAUCCAAAUGAACAGUUUGCUGGCAGCUGUUUUAAUGAACGUGUUAUCUUCAAUAAUGCAUUAAAUUAUACUGAAAAGCUCUAUUGAGAGAUGAUGUACUAAAUUAUGUGGGGGUUUUGAUUCAUCAGGCCCAUUUUUUCAGUGUGUAAUGGAUACUUUAUCUUACAAAGCUGGGGCAUAGCUCUACAGGGGGCAGAAUCAAGCAAUAAGAGGAAAGGAGUGAAAUAAUGCAUGUAAUAUAUAUUGAUGCAUUUAAAUAUGUAGAUUACUUCAAAGCUACUGAUACUUACAUCCUUUUCCUCUUAAAACAAGCAUCUCUCUGAGUUUGACAAGACAUGCUCUUUGUUACUUUGUAGAGCCCCCUUAGCUAUGCUUGUAAAGAGCUGGUCAGCAUCAAAGAGGCCUUGCUUUUAUCCAGAGGUCAGCUCUAUUCCCCACGCCUUGCUAUGGAGAUGUGUGUUGUGUUGGGAUUGUUUCAUGUGUUCAGUUUACUUACUCAGAACUCUGCUACUCCAGUUGCUUUCCUUGACACUUUAACAUAAUCCUGUUGUUUAGGAUGAAAAGUAUCCACUUUCCUGAUUGGUUUUGCUUUCUGAUCAUACUUGCAUGUUGCUCAUUGUAGCUACUCUGUUACACUGAGAGGUGUUUUUAACUUCCAGUCAGGUUGGUGUCAAACUGCAAGGGAGAAAUGUAGCUUCCUUUUUUUCCAUCUGCUGCACCAAACCACCUC